AUGCAAGAGUGGAAUACAGGUGAUGCGAUCAUGGAUGAGGAGGUUCAGGCCGCGCAGCCUUUGGCCAAGGAAGAAGAAGGAAUGGAGCAGCUUGAAGCCGAGGAGGGACUUGAAGCCGUGCAGCUUGAACCUGAGGAGAGCUUAGCCAUUCCAACUGGCCCAAUCACUCGUUCUCGAACUAAGGCACUAAACCAAGCAAUUGGCAAAGUCCUUAGCGCCUUGAACCAACAAGAACACAAGCCAACCACUUUGGUUUGUUUGAAGGCCUUACACUUGGGAUAA